GCACUCCCUCACAGUGUGUCGUUUCACAGUCCGCGAUGACAUGAUGUCAGGAGAAUAAAAACAUUCAGGACUGUGUUCCAGCCUUCAGAUGUCAGAGCUAUGGGGGGAAAUACAGGUGUGUUUGGACCAUCUGAGCUCAUAUCAGAGCUCUGUCACACUAAUUUGGAUAAUCCAUUUCCUGUGUGGCAGAAUGGUACCAUCAGUCCCUGUCUGAACCAGCUGCUAUUGGGAUCACUUUCACAUGCUGUUGUUGCAAUCAUCAGUGUCUGUUACAUUAGUGUGCCUAGAUUGAGCCAUAUUGUGUCCUCCCUCCCCAUUGGCUGGGGCUUAAGGGCUGCAUCCACCCUGCUGUUGGCUCUCCUCUUUAUUGGAGACUUGGUUCUGGUUUUGGAGCUCCAGGCCCCAGACAUAUACCUGGACGUUUUAGCUGAUGGAUGUGGAGUGUUGGCCUGGUUGGUUCAUUUUGGUGCAGUUUUGGCCCUACUAAGAUCUAUGUACAGAAGAACUCGAGGUCCUAUUGUGCUUCCUGUGGUGGUUAUUCUCUCCAUCCCCAAUUUAGUUUUCACUCUCACUGCUAACAUUCAAGAAAACAUUUACUUUGGUGUCUCAGAGCCUCUGCAGGUAGUCCGUCUAGCCUUGACGGUAACCAGGGCAUUUAUGGUUUUGGUCUACCUGCUUGGUUAUACCUUUCCCUGUUACAGAACUCAAAGGGACCUCCUCUCCUGUAAUGCCGAAGAUGUGGCUCCUUUGGUUGUCUCAGAGCUUGAUGGAGGAUUGACUGUUGCAGAGGAAGGCUGCAGCUGGCUGUCCAGGUUCCUCUACCUAUGGUUGAAUCCCUUGUUGAGGCAAGGCAAACGUGGAGAGCUGGAGAGACCAUGUGACGUCUUUCAGCUGCCCUGUCGACUGCGUACCAAAGCAGUCACUCUCCGGUUCCACCAAUGCUGGCAGAAUUGUCUGAAUCAAAGUGGUCUGGAAAGAUCUGAGAGACGGGAUAGACUUCCAAGAGAAAACCUGCAGGAAAACUCCUGGAGUGAAGCCCAGCCAGUGAGGAUAUCUGACAGUGAAAGACAACAGGAUGUCAGGCUUCUGCAAGUGUUGCAUAAGGCUUUUGGUCUACGCUACUACCUAUUGGGCAUGUUGAAGUUAGUGGCAAGUAUGCUAGCCUUUGCAGGACCCCUGCUUCUUAGUGGAUUAGUGGGUUUCAUGGAGACUGAGGGGGCACCACUAAGUCAGGGUGUGUGGUGUGCUGUCGGACUCUUUGCCAGUACCUUUCUAGCUGCCCUCCUGAGGAACAUCUUUGUUUAUGAAGUUUCAAAGGUUGCACUUGAGGCUCGGGCUGCUGUGAUAUCUGUCAUAUACAGCAAAUCCCUAAAGGUCAGUGCGUCUGCCCUGGUAAGCUUCAACAUGGGUGAGGUGGUCAACUUCAUGAGCACAGAUACAGACCGUCUGGUAAACUUCUUCAACAGCUUCCAUGAAGUUUGGAGCCUUCCCUUCCAAUUUGUCCUCGCGCUUUUCCUACUUUACCUUCAAGUGGGUGUGGCCUUUUUGGGUGGGUUGGGUGUGGCCCUGCUGCUUGUGCCUUUAAAUAAAUUCCUGGCGUCCAGAAUUCUGGAAAACAACAAACAUAUGCUGGUGUACAAGGAUGCAAGAGUGAAGCUAAUGACGGAGAUACUGUUUGGAAUUCGGGUCUUAAAGUAUUAUAAUUGGGAGGAGCACUUCUCUCAGAAGAUUGCUGAGGCCCGCAAACAAGAGCUACAUCAUCUUAAGGUUCUGAAGUACCUGGAUGCUGUAUGUGUGUACACUUGGGCUGCUCUACCUGUGGUCAUCUCAAUCCUCACCUUCAUCACAUACGUCCUGCUGGGAAACAAUCUCACGGCUGCAAAGGUGUUUAGUACUCUGGCUCUUGUGGGGAUGCUUAUUCUGCCACUCAAUGCUUUCCCCUGGGUGCUGAACGGGACACUUGAGGCUAAGGUGUCUUUGGACCGCAUUCAGCGCUUCCUCAAACUUCAGGAUCAGGACCUCACUGUCUAUUACAGUCAAGUUUCUCCUGAGGACCCUCUCUCUGCAGUUCAGAUGGACCAGGCCAGUUUCUCCUGGAAGCAGUCAGAGGAAUCAGAUUCUGUCAGUGUAUCUGAUGGCAAGGCAGAGGACAGGUCACCACCUGGGAGCUUUUAUCUGCAUGCACUCAACUUAAGCAUUAAAAGGGGAUCUCUUGUGGUUGUAGUGGGCAAGGUUGGCUGUGGGAAAAGUUCCCUGUUGGCUGCCAUUACAGGAGAGCUUAACAGGUGUGGAGGGGAAGUGUAUGUUCAGGGAAGAGAGCAGGGAUUUGGAUUGGCCAUCCAAGAGCCAUGGAUCCAGCAUGCAACAGUGCGGGACAACAUCUUGUUUGGCAGGGGCUUUGAUAGCAUGUUCUAUCAGGCUGUGAUUGAAGCCUGUGCCCUUGCUGAUGACCUUAAUAUCUUGCCUGAUGGAGAUCAGACAGAGGUGGGGGAGAACGGGGUGACCCUGAGUGGAGGACAAAAGAGCCGUCUUGCUUUGGCCCGGGCUGUUUACAUGGAAAAAGAAAUCUAUCUGCUGGAUGAUCCUUUAGCAGCUGUGGAUGCUGAUGUUGCCCACCAUCUCAUGGAGAAAUGUAUCUUGGGAAUUCUCAAGGACAAAACCAGAAUCCUUUGUACUCAUCGGAUAGAGUUUGUUGAUAAGGCAGAUGUAGUGAUGCUGAUGGACAAUGGGAUGAUUGUAAGAACAGGGACACCAAAUGAAGUCCUGUCUCUGGUCAAAGCUGUGCCUAAAGACAGCAAGAACAACAGCAAUGCAAAGGAGAAAGAUGGGAUAGGCAGAGAGGAGGAGGCAGCAAAUGAGUUGAAGCCAGAGGCAGAGGUAAAGAUGUUUGGGGAGGAGCAGAAGCAAAUGGGCAAACUUUCCUGGGCCGUCUAUCGCUCCUAUUGGAGGGCAGUGGGUGGAUGCAUGGCUAUUUUUGUUCUUCUGUCCCUUUUCCUAAUGCAAGCCUCUAAAAAUGUGUCCGACUGGUGGCUGUCUCAUUGGAUUUCUCAUAUAAAGGACAAUGCGACUGAAAUGGUGUCUCUGUCAGCUGGUCCACUCUUAACACUGACACUUCUAUCUCCCGAGAGACUUGUGUUGUAUGUUCCUGUCAGAGGUCCAAAGACGGGGAAUGAAAGCUCUGAACUGAAGUUUUAUAUGACCGUGUACGGAUCUUUGGCGGCAGCUAACAUGGUCUUCACAGCUGCUCGAGCCUUUCUCUUCGCUUAUGGAGCGAUUUGUGCUGCUACUAUCAUUCAUAAGAGACUGCUGUCCAGUGUGCUUAAGGGCACUAUGACGUUUUUUGACACUACACCCUUGGGACGCAUCCUGAAUCGAUUCUCAUCAGAUAUAUAUAGUGUGGAUGACUCUCUCCCCUUUGUCUUAAAUAUUCUCCUUGCUAAUGUUUUUGGGCUGCUUGGAAUGCUGAUCGUCAUGAGCUAUGGGUUACCUUGGGUGCUACUUCCCUUGGUUCCAUUGGGGGCACUCUACUACCAGACUCAGGGUUUCUAUCGCCACUCCUCCCGUGAGCUCAAACGACUGUGCAGCCUCACUCUCUCUCCAGUUUAUUCACACUUCUCAGAGACUCUCAGUGGGCUGGCCACAGUGCGGGCCAGCGGACACACAGCCAGAUUUGAGGAAGAGAAUGAGAAGCGUUUGGAGCAGAAUCAGCGGUGUCUCUUUAACAGUAACGCUGCCAUGCAGUGGCUGGAUAUUCGGUUACAGAUGAUCGGUGUCACUGUGGUAACUGGGAUUAGCUUGAUCGCUGUGAUCCAGCAUCAGAUCAAAUCCAUUGAUCCAGGUCUGGUUGGUCUGUCUUUGUCUUAUGCGCUGUCAAUCACCAACCUGCUGUCAGGCCUGAUUUUCAGCUUUGCACAGACAGAGAUGCAGCUGGUGAGCAUAGAGCGUACCGAGGAGUAUUCCACCAACAUCCCACAGGAGCCUGAGCAAGCCAACACUGAGGUUAAUGACUUGUGGCCUGAACAGGGCAGAGUUGAGUUCAUUGGUGCUGUGCUGGCAUACCGGCCAGGCUUGCCCAAUGCCCUUGAUGGGGUGAACCUGGAGGUAUUACCUGGUGAGAGGGUGGGAAUUGUGGGGCGUACAGGCUCGGGAAAAUCUUCAUUGUUCCUUGCCUUGUUCCGCAUGGUGGAGCUGAACCAGGGUCAGAUCCUGCUGGAUGGAGUUGACAUCAGCUCGGUUAGACUAAGUCACCUGAGGUCAAAGCUGGCUAUCAUCCCUCAGGAUCCCUUCCUGUUCUCCAGCUCGGUGCGAGAAAACCUUGAUCCACAUGGACGUCAUCCUGACUACCAGUUACUGGAUGCUCUUAAGCAAUGCCACCUGGAAGAUGUAGUACAUAGAAUCGGUGGCCUGGAUUCUGAGGUUGGGGAGAGGGGAAAGUCUCUGUCUGUGGGCCAAAGGCAGCUGAUGUGUCUUGCUCGUGCUCUGCUCACAGAUGCAAAUAUUUUAUGCAUUGAUGAGGCCACAGCAAGUGUGGACCAGAAGACUGACCUGCUUCUACAAAAAACUAUCAAAGAAAAAUUCAAGGAUAAAACCGUACUUACCAUUGCCCACAGACUGAAUACAAUCAUGGACUCAGAUAAAGUACUGGUGAUGCAUGCUGGGAAGGUGGUGGAGUUUGACAGCCCUGCUGCCCUGUGCCAAAGAGAGGACUCUAUCUUCCAGAAACUCUUACGCGGAAGGGAAGACUUUUCAGCUAAGAAUGUAGUUUAAAAAAGGCACAGCACUGAUCCAUGUCUCUGGUUCUCACAGAGUCAGGUGCAUGAUCAUUAGAUACUUGCAAAUAACUGCAGUUUAUCAUGUUAUACUAUGUAAAACCAUGUAAAACUCAGGAAAAUUGUGUUGGUUUUUUUAUAAAUGGUCACAUGUAAAAUAACUGUAAAAUGAUCUGGCUGUCUCAAAAGUAAAUACUGGUUUUAUUGUUUAUAAACAUUGUCAACUUUAUUUCUAUAGUUUUUUUUUUAGAAAAUCUACUCAAAAGUACUUUUUCUCUUUUCAAAGAGGUACAUUAUUUUAUUUCAGAGUAAGGCGUCAGCGUUAUACUGUGUUUUAAUAUUAUUUAUUGCUGUGGUUUCAGCACAUUGUCUCUUCUGAGAAUGUUCAUAAUGCAUAACCAGUUCCAUUAAAGGUGUAAAUAAACCAUCUCCUCCCAGAACAGCCGUUCAUUCGGGUAAGAGUGACUACGCCUUGUACAGGUGGGUGUUUCCCCAACUUAGAACAUAUGAGUCAUAUGGGAGUAAAUGCGUGCAUAGUUGUACGUUUUUUUUUUUUUUUACAAUUCCUUUUGAUUUUUUCCCAUCAAUCUGGAUUCAGGGAGUGGUUUGUUAUUGUUAUGUAACCCUACCUCUAGUGCAGGACAGGCAGCUAUGCUGAAGGAAUAUGAGGUUUGAGGUAUGUGUUUGAGGUUCAACCAGUUUGUCCAGUCUUGAAGUGUAUUACCUGCUGCAAUGAGAAUUCCAUAAACAGUAAGAGGAGAACAGAGGUAAACACAGUUUCAUUCGUCUGUGCAUGGAAACUGUUGUCCUCAGCAUGGCACAUUAUCAGUGCUACGUAACAAGGAUCUAAAAUCUUAAUACAGUCUCAUGGGAUUCAAGGUAUGACUUUUCUUUGCUAUUCUGUUUGUUGAUUUUACAUUAGUAGUUUGUACUAUACAAUGUUUGCGUAAAACAGUCAGUAUAGUGGUGAAAGUAAAGUUUGGAUGUUUAGGAAGUGCAUGCAUUCUGCUGUUACUAUUAUGAAUGACUGUGCUGAACAUGUACAUUCCACGAAUUAAAAAACAUGCUGUACUGAUUAAAUUAGGUUUUUUACUGUAAUUAUUUUUAUUUUUUUAUGUAUUCUUAUAACAGAUUACACAAUAGAUGCACAUUAAAACAUGAAGCAUUGCACAUGGAUGGUCACAUGGCACUGUUAUUUAAAGCUCUAAGUGAGCAAAUGCAAUGUGAAAUGGAUACACUAACUUUGGGGACUACUUUUACAACGCGUUAUUACUUACUAGUGAAAAUAAGUAAUUUAAUGAAGCAAUAAUUCAGAUCUCAUGCUCAUAU